UUGCACCAUCCAACACAAAACCCAGCUCGACAAUGUCGUCUAAGCACUUGCUAGCGUUUCUCAUUGGAGUGGUGUUUCUCACCACUUCAACCUUCGCGAAUUACUAUCAGCCUCCAACCUAUAAGCCACCGGAAAAGCCUCCUGUGUACAACCCUCCACCAAUUGAGAAGCCCCCUGUCUAUAAACCUCCGGUAGAAAAGCCCCCUACCUAUAAGCCUCCUGUUGAGAAACCACCAGUUUACAAGCCACCAGUUUACAAGCCUCCAAUUCAGAAGCCACCAGUUUACAAGCCUCCCGUGGAAAAACCCCCAGUUUACAAGCCACCUAUUGAGAAACCACCCGUUUACAAGCCACCCGUUGAGAAACCACCCGUUUACAAGCCUCCGGUUGAGAAGCCACCCGUUUACAAGCCUCCGGUUGAGAAACCUCCUGUUUACAAACCACCCGUCGAGAAGCCUCCUGUUUACAAGCCUCCCGUCGAGAAGCCUCCAGUUUACAAGCCACCCGUCGAGAAGCCACCCGUUUACAAGCCUCCGGUGGAGAAGCCACCCGUUUACAAGCCACCUGUUGAGAAGCCACCCGUUUACAAGCCUCCGGUGGAGAAGCCACCCGUUUACAAGCCACCUGUUGAGAAGCCACCCGUUUAUAAGCCCCCUGUGGAGAAGCCACCGAGCUAUCAACCACCACCUUAUGGUCACUAUCCUCCAUCUACAACCAAAAACUGAGUAUCCCAUGAUUUUUAGCCUAUCUUGUUACUCAUAAAAUAAAAGCAUGUUUUCUCUCAGUUUGUCACCAAUUGUUGUUUAGUAUUUUAUCUUUUUCGUAAUACCUCUGGCUUUGCGGUGUGUAUCGUGCAUGGCUAUUAUGGCUACAGACGAAUUGUAGUCUCCCAAAUGAAAUAUUGAUUAUUUAUAAUAAAGUUGUCUGAUUUGGCCUGGUCUCC